UAAAAAUAGAACUUGGUUCAUGUAUUUGUAAAUAUGUAAACUACGCUUAGCUAUGGAUAAUAUACUUACUAACACCACUUUACUGUAAAAGUUCCAAAAAAACAAUUUACAACAAUUUUUGGCAAAUUAUUUUGAUAAAUUUAACUUUAACCUUGCUUAAAUCUUUGACAAAUACAAAAAAAAAAAAAUAAAAGCAAAAAUUCAAAUGUUAUUUUGUUCGUAAUUCUUACGGAGUAUUUUGUUUCCUUCUCUAACCCCGCCUUCUUCACUUUCUGCAUAGCUAUCGCCUCUCUGCAACAAAAUUCGGUGAAUGGAAUCUACUCUCACACAGUUCUAUGUGCGAUACGCCAUGAAUUCAUUGAAUUCGAGUCUCCUUCUCCUUCAAAUCACUGCAAUCUGUAGUUUUCUCUCUCUAGGAUCCACCUCUUCAUCGACCAUGCUGAGAGUAGAGAGAGAGAGCUGCAUCGCAUAUAUGGGUUUUUCUGCAGAGAAUCGUUGGAGGUAUAAUUACACUGUAACGUGAUAUCUAUACCAUUUUUUGUUAGUCCCACAUGCUCAGAUUGUGUACAUGUGAAUUGUAUUUAUACGAAUUCUUUCGAAGCAUUGAUUAGUUCUGAUUUGUGGUUAAUGUGUAUGAUAUAGGUUUAUUAAUGGGCCUAGGAUUUCUUUUGAAGCCAGGAUUAGUUUUUGAUUUUGGAUUAAUGAGAAUAUUAAUGUGUGUGUGUGUGUGUUGUAUAAUACAGUAUAUGAUAGGUUUUUAUUUUUUAUUUUUUAUUUAUGAGAUUAGAAGUCUUUUGAAGCAAUGAAUAUUAUUGGCAGUUAAUAUGGUUACUAAUGAUGGGUAUUUCUUGAAUUUCAAUCUAUUUAAUUUAAUUGCUUGAUUAUUUUUUAUAUGGGUAUACGCGUGGAAAUUUCCAGGUAAGAUGAUGCUUGACUUUCAAGCUUCCUUGCGGUGAGGGUUUCUGUUGAUUCAAUGAAAGCGGUGAUAUGACUUUGAAGCUUAUAAAUAGGGUUUGUGUUUUUUUUUUUUUUUUGAAUUGGAGGCUGGCUUUGUUUUUAGGGUUUUUGGUGAUUUUGAUGGUUCUGAAUAGGGUUUUGAUAGGUUUGAAGUUUCAAGGGUGUUUUAUUCUGAUUAAGGGUUGAUUUUUGACAAGUCAAUCAAGGUUUGAGAUAGUCUGGGCUGCUUGUAGGUUUGAACCUUCAAAGCUUCUCUAAAGUCAAUUUUGGUAGAAAUUGUUUUCUUAUAGUUUUAUUGUGUCUGCUUCUGAGUUGAACAACACUGAAUACUGCUAGGGUGGUUUGUAGUAACCAAGUCCAUUAGGGCUUAGCAAUGGACCAAACCGCUCAGAAUGAACAAAAGAGAUCCUCAACUCCACAUCCUGAAAGUAAAGAACCUGAGAAGGGAAUUAUGGGCAAGUUAUUCCACAAAGAUCCCCAAGAAAACCGGGCACAUAUGCUAGGGAAAUUUUCUUUCAUGAAGCUUCUCAACACGAAGAGCCGGAAGGAAUCAUCAUGGAGAAAAUAUUUUGACCAGGGAGGACGAAGAGUUAGCUCUGUGGAAACAACAGAUGAGUGGAUGGUUGAUCUCUCUGAUCUAUUUAUUGGGUUUAAAUUUGCCCAGGGGGCAUAUAGUCAGCUAUAUCAUGGAAUAUACAAGGACGAACCUGUUGCGGUGAAGAUUAUAAGGGUGCCAGAUGAUGAAGAGAAUGGAGCACUGGCAGCGCGGUUAGAGAAGCAAUUCAAUAGAGAAGUCACUCUUUUGUCUCGUCUCCAUCAUCAAAAUGUCAUAAAGUUUGUAGCAGCAUGCAGAAAGACACCAGUUUUUUGCAUUGUCACCGAGUAUCUCUCUGAGGGUUCAUUGAGAGCGUACCUGCACAAGCUUGAGGUUAAGAAUAAAUCCAUUCCAUUACCGGAAAUAAUCAGGAUUGCUCUAGAAAUUGCUCGGGGAAUGGAAUACAUUCACUCGCAAGGCAUCAUCCAUAGGGACCUCAAGCCUGAGAAUAUUAUUAUUAAUGAAGAAUUUCAACUGAAAAUUGUUGAUUUCGGAAUAUCUUGUGAGGAGGCCUAUUGUGACCGUUUGGUAGAUGACCCGGGUUCUUAUCGUUGGAUGGCACCUGAGAUGAUCAAACGUGGUAAGUCCUAUGGGCCGAAGGUUGAUGUAUACAGCUUCGGACUGAUUUUACAGGAAAUGGUUGCUGGAACUAUUCCAUAUGGGGACAUGACUCCCAUCCAAGCUGCGUUUGCUGUGGCAAAUAAGAAUUUGAGACCAGCUAUCCCUGGGGAUUGCCCUCCUGCUAUGGGAGCUUUAAUCGAGCAAUGUUGGUGUUCGCAACCAGAAAAGAGACCCGGGUUUUGGCAGAUCGUGAAGGUUUUAGAGAACUUCCAGUCUUCGCUCGCCCUUGAUGGAACUCUAAACUUGGUACUGGAUUCAACAUGUCAUGAUCAUAAAAAGGGGCUUCUUCAUUGGAUUCAAAAGCUUGGUCCCCACUCCCCAUACAUCGUAAUAAAUCUGUACAGAUGAUAUGUACUUCACUAUGAUUCUUUCUGGUGAUCUGGGUUUUUGUAGUUUCACCAGGUUACAAUGUAAUUGAAAGGGUUCCAUUUUAUUUAGAACUCUUUUAUACAGUAGUAUUCUAUGCUUCA